AUGAUUGUUUCAAGAAAUGAAGGAAACAAGAUCAAUUUGGCGAGUUGGAGCGACUCGGACUAUGCGGCUGAUAAGGUGGACCGGAAAUCAGUCACAGGCGGAGUUUUAACUAUGGACGUGGAGGCGGAGUUUGCGUCGGCCUCGCACGUUGUGCGAAAGUUGCUAGGACUGAGGGAGUUAAUGCGUGAGAUUGGAUUUCAAGUGGAGGCUCCAAUGUCAAUGCUCAUGGACAACCAGUCUGUUAUCAGACAGCUGGAGACUGAAGGAAGUGUGUCGAGUGUCAAGCACGUUGAUGUGCGCAUUAAGUUUAUAUGCGAUUAUGCGAGGAAGGUCAUCGUGAGACCAAUGUUUGUGGAAUCGAGCAUCAUGAAGGAGGACUUACUGAAGAAAGUAUUGCCGGUGCCAAGGGUUGCAGAACUACGAAAGAUGUUCAAUUUGAUGUAG